AUGCAGAUUAAGGGUUCUGGUCCUCGUCAUGCAAGAUCAAGACGUUUAAAUGCGUUUGUUAGGAGGGAGUUAGGUGGUGCAGGAACUUCACAUGCGCCAUUUCACCAUGAGCAGCAGUAUGGGACUGCUGGUACUUGGUCGGGGGAGCAUCAGUCACAUGGGAGCGCCCCCAUGUAUUCGUCUACUAGAGUGCCUUCAUCUGACGAUGAGGAUGAAGAGCGAGGAAGUCAAGCUGCUGGAGGUGCACAGUAUGACCCUCAGGAUUACUGUACUGUGUAUAGGGGUGACCAUGGGAGAUAUGUUAGUAGUAGUGAACAAGUUCAAGCUUCUACCAGCUCGUCAGAGUCAUGGGUGGUGCAGGAGCCGAUGCCAGGUGGGCCUGAGGAUGGUACUGUUAUUCCUAGUUUUGGGGGUCACGUGGCUGCCUACAUAUGGGGUGGGCAGGAGCGAAAUGUUCUGCGGUGUUUGAGCAGGACACAGUUGUGUUUUGAAUUGGGUAACUGGCGGGGUCGUCUUGCGCAAGAGCACCUGGAACUGAUUGAUGACAGUGGUCUAUCUCACUUACCCGAGAUCAUGUUCAGGCGAUUUGACUGGCCCUUGAUUUCUGCUUUUGUUGAGAGAUGGCAGCCAGACACGAACACGUUUCACGUGCCAUUUGGGGAGUGA